AUGAAGAGGAUGUUUAGCGGGAAAAUACUUACCAGAGAGGUGAAAACAUUGGAUCAUCUUGGUCACCUGCCAGCGUUGAUCUCCAUUCAUAGCGAGGUUGGAGCGAAGGUUAAAUAUGCUGGUGGAAUGAAGGCCAUAAUUGAGUUUGAUUCAUCGACUCUAGCUAAGAACUUUUUGAAUAAUGAAAACAACUGGAGAGGUAUAUUUAACUAUUUAAAAUAUGGGGAAGACGAUGAGUACAAUUUUGAGAGAGUAGCUUGUAUAAGGAUUGUUGGGCUUCCUAUCCGUCUAUGGUGUGAGGAGAACUUCUCUGCUAUUGUUCAUAAGUUUGGGAAAAUCAUAGUUCCUUUUGAUCACAUUGAAGAUAGAUUGGACCUCUCAGUGGUUAAAGUGGGAAUUCUUACUGGUAUGAAGAAAAAAAUAAACGAAGUAAUUAGAAUAGAAGCUGAAGGAAAAAUCUUUGAUUUUGGGGUGGUUGAGUAUGAAGACGAACCGUGGUUCCCAUUCAAGUUUGAAAACGAAGACCAACCAUACGAGUCGGAGUCGAAUUAUGCAACCUCUGAGGUAGAACCAGAUGACGAUGCUGAAGAUGAAGAAGGUAUAUCUAAUACCUGGGUGGACGAGGUUGAAGAUGGAGAAAUAGUUGGUGGCGGGAGACAUGAUGGCGCCGAUGAAGAUGGAGGUUCCGGCAAUCACGAUGCACAUGAAACUAGUCCAGUUCAAAAGUCGCGGUCAACCUUAGAACCACCACAGGUACAUGCAUGCUCUGUUAAUGGGGAAGUGGAAAAGACUCAUGGGGAAAUAAUGAAUUAA